AGGCUCAUGGCACACCUGCACUCCCUGAAGUCUCCUCCAUACGUCAUCAACUUGGACCCAGCUGUGCACGAGAUCCCAUUUCCUGCCAACAUCGACAUCAGAGACACGGUGAACUACAAAGAGGUGAUGAAGCAGUAUGGCCUCGGACCCAACGGUGGCAUCGUGACAUCACUCAACCUGUUUGCCACACGCUUCGAUCAGGUGAUGCAGUUCAUCGAGAAGAAGAGGCAGAACCACCGGUACGUCCUGAUUGACACUCCGGGUCAGAUCGAAGUUUUCACCUGGUCUGCGUCUGGAAGCAUCAUCACCGAGGCUCUGGCAUCGUCCUUCCCCUGCGUGGUCAUCUACGUGAUGGACACGUCUCGCAGCACCAACCCCGUCACCUUCAUGUCCAACAUGUUGUACGCCUGCAGCAUCCUCUACAAAACCAAGCUGCCCUUCAUUGUUGCCAUGAACAAGACGGACAUCAUCGAUCACAGCUUUGCUCUGGAGUGGAUGCAGGACUUCGAGGUUUUCCAGGACGCUCUGAACCAGGAGACCUCGUAUGUGAGCAACCUGACCCGGUCUAUGAGCCUGGUUCUGGACGAGUUCUACACCAACCUGAGGGUGGUGGGCGUGUCUGCUGUGACAGGAAGUGGGCUGGAUCAGCUGUUCGCUCAGGUGGAAGAUGCCGCCAAGGAGUACGAGAGGGAUUAUCGGCCUGAAUAUGAGCGACUCCACAGACAGCUGGCAGAGGCUCAGAGCAGGAAGCAGCAGGAGCAGAUGGAGCGACUCAGGAAAGACCUGGGGGCUGUGCACAUGACCCCGCCUUCAGCCUCAGGGGAAGUGGACGUGGCAGGACCCAGUGAGCUCAUCGUAACGAGCAGCAACCCCGGCGAGGACGAGGAGGUGGACAGCGACACCGACGACAUCGACCACAGUGCGACUGAGGAGAGCAAAGAGAACGUCUCCUUCGGAAACUUCCUGAAGGAAAGAAAGGAAAUGGUUCGGCUGCGAAACAGGAAGUGUGUGAUUCCUGACGUGCCCUGACCCUUGACCUGGGACCCCCCCAUUGUUUGAACACAGACUAUCACCUGGAUUUGAUCUGGUCCUUUCCCAGUGACCACAAUCACGUGACCUUUGACCCCAGUGGUUCAGAGCAGCUGGCCGGCUGCUUCACCUCACAGAAAAUGUUUUUACAUCAAGCCUGGUUUUUAUUAUGUUGUUUGUUUAAGAUCUGUUGUGUAAAAUAAAAGUGAGAUUUAAGUUCUGAACUAGUUGCAGCUUUUUGUUUUACUGUUUUCUUUUUCUUUGAGAAAUCUGCAGGCAGGAAUAAAGCUGGAAGAAAAUCUGCAGUUAAAUUUAUUUAGAAAUAUCCUGUCAGACAGAAGAAAGCUGAAAUAUUUCAGAUUUUGUCUCAACUUCAUUUAAUUAUGUCCAUUAUUGUGUCUCAAUAUAUUCUGAGAAAUAUUUUCAGUGGACCAAUCUCAAAAUGUUUUCUCUCAAACAUCUUGGAGAAAAUGAUUUUUCAUUCAAUAAAUGCCUUCAUGAAGGUCUUCCAA